GGAGCGGAUCAUUCGCCGUGACUCCGUCCUCCGGCUGCGCUGCAUCACUGAGCUUUCAGGCCGCAUUGGUCGGGAGCGGAGGAGGAUCUCUCCACAGAGAACGCUGCUCACUCCCGUUCAGUGCAACCUGACCGGCUAAAUGUUUGCACAGGAGAAGUUCAGACAUGUCAUGCGCGGUAGGUAGGUAGGAAGGUCACCAGCAGCGACUCUCGCUAGUCUUAUUUUCAUUUCCCGCUGCAGCAGUCAGAUAAGUCGCUCUCUAUAACACCCGGGGACGGAGGCGAACAGCGCGGCUCAGACAUGGAGUCGUACCCGGAGACCAGAGACACGAGCCCGAGCUGCUUCAGCAAGACCGUCGCUCUGCUGACAGUCAACGAUGUCUAUGAAAUCGCCAAAGUCAUCGGGACCGAGGUGGAGAUGCUGAUCGAUGGAUACGGCAAAGAGAGCGUCGAGGGUUUGGUGUCAAAAAUAGUGAAAGUGCUGGAGCUGCUGGAGAGCUUCGCUUCCAGGAACCACGCUCACAGUCAGCGGGAGGAAGAGCUGCUGAAGACCCUCCAGAGCAUUCAGAUCCAGCAGCAGAAGAAGAGGAAAGACGGCGACGAGAGCCUCGAUAAGAAAGAAAUACACGAGUUGCGGGAAAAGGAGCUGCAGUGGAGGAAGAGGUGUGAAGAACUGCAGGUCCAGGUGCAGCAGCUCCAGGAGGACAAGGAGGAUCUACAAAGCAGACUGAAGGGCAAUCAUGCACAGGAAGAUCGCGUUCAGCGGCAGGAGAGGGAGGUGAUGUUAAAACUCAAACAAGUGGUGGACAAGCAGAGAGACGAGCUGAGGGCCAAAGUCCAGGAGAACACUACCAUCUCGAAAGAGGUGGAAGCGCUUCAAGAACAGCUGGAGCGCUUCAUGAAAAUGAACGGAGAGCUGCGACACAAGCAAAACGUGCUGCAGGCGCAGCUGACGAGUUCAGUGGAGCGAAAGGCAGACAUGGAGGCUGACCUGAAGGAGAAACACAAAGUGAUAGAGAGACUCCAAGCACAGCUGAAUAACACAAACAGCAUCACACCUUCCAGUCCAAGUCAAACUCCACAAGCGUCAGACAGAAAUUCAAGGGGCGAUAACAAAGACUCGGAGCAGCCGUGUUUCACCAAGAAAGAGGUUCGGGACAUCAUUUUUGAGAGGAAUGAGUUGAAAACCAACCUCUUUUUGGUGCAAGAAGAGCUGAACUACUAUCAGAGGGAAAUACUGAACGAGGAGAGGUGUCCAGGCUUCCUUUUGGAGGCAGUUCGCUCCACCAUCAAAAAGAGGAGGAGGCUGAUCAAAGCCAAGAUGCUGGGCAUUCCUGUGAGCACGUGCAGCAGCAGCGAUGAGGAAGACAAGAGCUCCCUGUCUUCGCAGUCAGAAGUGGACGGUCCUGCAGAAAUGAGCGACAAACCAGCCGAAUCGCGCAUUAGGAACCUCUUUGGCUUCCUAACGCUGUCCGGCAGCAGCAGCAGAAGCCCCACCCACAUGAGCAACUCCGCCUCCAGCUGGGAGAUCAUCGGAGACUCAGAGGGCGGUGAGGAGCAGCAGCAAUCAUCGUGAAACCUCUGCGAGAACAUCUGAAGCUGAAGGAAGACGUGGAUGAAGCUGCACAGUAGGAGAGUGAAGGCAGGGAACAGGAAAUACCCGGAAACCCCUCAGCUGUUUCACUUUAAAAAACUCUUCCCAGUACCUCUUAGUUUCACUAAAAGAGAAGCGCUGUUCACGGUACGCUUUAUUCCAGUAUAAAGAGGGACACUUUAUAAGAUUCUUCCUUUAGUUUGUUUUAAAGUAUUAACAAUUUAUAUUUUUCUAUGAUAGAAAAAUGUUUGGUUUUGAGAAAUCAGCUUUUAUGGUAAUGCAAAAAAGGAAAUAUAUAUAUUUAUAAACAUCCUUAAAUCAUGUAUGCAAAAUCCAAAGAUGAAAACAGUUUUGUCAGUGUUUUAAAGUGAAACUUUUUGCAAUUAUUCGUACAAAUCAUAAAAUAUUAUUUUUUUUAAUGACUUUUUUGUCUUCUUGACGUAUGCAUCAAGUUUUUAGUGUUUUUCUUUCACAGCACUUCUUCUAAAAAGGAUAAAAGUCUUGAAAAUAUUUGACAAGAAUUUCUUGUAUUUAGAAAUAUCCAUAUGAAAAGUAUCGAGAGGCUCAAAACUUUAAAAUAUAUUUUGAUUGUAACUGGUUUGACCAAAGACGUUUAUUGUGAUGUACAAAAAAAGAAUAUUAAAGCUGUCCCCUUGUUUUUAAGAGGCAAAACUAAAACAGAAAUGAAGCAAAAAUAGUUUGUUUAAUGAAAUAUAUCUCUGAUCCAAAAUUUAAAUGAACAUUCAAACAUUUACUGUAUUAAAACUUAAAUGUUUUUUUCCUCAUAUGCUUAUUCAAAAUUUUGAUUAAGGUUUUAUCCUGAUUUAGUGUCUGUGAAAGAAGCUUUAUUAAUGUUUUAAUAAAGCUUAACAAAAUAAAUCUCAAAAUAUGGAAAAAAUGAAUGCUAUUGUUUAUAUAUUUAUUGGUACUGCUGUCAAUUAAAGAAAACUUAAGUUCAAUCAUCACUUUAAUCACCUGUUGAACUUCUGUAGAAGCGUUCCUAGACGUCUUUUAAUUAAAAUUAUGUCGUUUUUAGACAAAAUCUCAAACCCCGUCAUUUUCUAGGACAUGGUUUCUGCAGAGCGGCAGGAGUUUAUUAGAAAUUCUCCUGAAAAGACUGAAGGGAAAUGAAUGAAUGAGCAAACAGGAAGUAGUUCAACAAUCAAAAUAAAAGUCUUUUCCCAGAACUUUCUCAAAUAAACAAGAUAUCAAAGGAGAUUUGGGUGAAAUUAAUAAAGCAAAGAAAUGGGCUACAUAAAGAUUCACUACAAUUUAGGUAAACAAAUACCCAGAAACUCAGUUUUAAUCUUAAAUUACUGUAUACAUAUCCUUCAUCAUGAGAAAAAUUGUACUAGAAAAUGUUAAAAACACAUUUUUUUGGAGUGGGUCUUAAAAAGGGAUACAUUAUAUGCAAACUAUUUGUUAAAUUGAUGCACCCAUUAAAGAAGUAACAUCACUUUAACCCUCUCAGGGCAGGUGUUGGAGAUUAGCAAUAGCUAAAUGCUAAAAACCUAUUACUACCCCAUAUGAUCCCCAAAUAUCAUAUUUUUUUUUUAGUUAACAAAUACUCAAUUCGGCUCUAAAAGGGUUAAAAUUUUGGUUUAGCUUUUUUUUUUUUACUUUUUUUUUUUUUAGCACAAACAUUUCUCUUUUACGUAAAGGUUUUGUGAGGGAAAACUUCAAACAGGAUGUUCUAUCUGACACCCUUGUUCCACAAGAGGGCAGUUUUCUGUUUUCAUUUCAACUCAGGAUAUUUUGUUUCAAACACCCAGGUCAUUUUUGGAGAAGUAUAAAUCUGUGUGUCUGUUUUAUUUUAUUUUUUUUAAUGAUCACAAGCACUUCUAAAUAACACUUCCUGUAGCUGUGCAGGAUUUGCCUUAAAUCUGAAGUAUUUUUAAAAGCCAAAUCAUUCCUGAAUGGUGUUUUUAUGUGCCAAACUGGCUGUUAUUCUGCAACACCAGCUCAACUUGGUGAGAAGAAACCACUUUUCCUGACUCCUCACGGAAAUGUUAAAUCAUAGCACUUCUCCUGCAGGCCAGUAGUUUAAGUAAUUGUCAACCAAACUAACUUUAAACCAGGCGAUCUUCUUAAAUGUGUGUUUGCUGUGCAUUUUAUUCAUGUCUGUAAUGACACAUCUGAGAUUAAUGAAUGUCAUACAAACAGUUCUUCUGUUUUAAUAAACACUGAAAUAAA